UGAAAGUGACCUCAGCGCUCUGGUUCUCUUGGUUCCUGUGGAUAAAAUAUGAAAGUUGGUUCAGCGACGAGGAGCAAAAUUUGGACGUGGAUGGCUAAAAUGAGGAAAUGUCGAGAGACUUGGUGAGUAUCUGUGGCUACAAACUUCUCUGAGUCAUGGAAAACAGGAAUAACGUUACAGAAUUUAUUCUCUUAGGACUUUCUGAGAAAAAAGAAAUUGAAGCUCUCUGCUUUUUGCUAUUCCUACUUUGUUACAUUGCAAUUUUGAUGGGAAACCUGCUUGUCAUGAUGUCUAUCACCUGCAGUCAACUUAUCAAGCAGCCUAUGUAUUUCUUCCUGAGUUACCUCUCGCUCUCUGACCUCUGCUACACCUCCACGGUGACCCCCAAGUUGAUCAUUGACUUGCUGGCAGUAAAGAAGAUGAUUUCCUACAAUGGCUGCAUGACACAGCUUUUUACCAUGCACUUCUUCGGGGGGAUCGAGGUCUUCAUCCUCACAGGGAUGGCCUAUGACCGCUACGUGGCCGUCUGCAAGCCCCUGCACUACACCGUCAUCAUGAGCAGGCAGAGGUGCGGUGCCAUGAUGGCUGCUUCCUGUGCUGGGGGCUUCCUGCACUCCUUUGGUCAGUUUAUCCUAGCCAUCUUUUUGCCCUACUGUGGCCCCAAUGAAAUAGAUCAUUACUUCUGCGAUGUGUAUCCUUUGCUGAAACUGGCCUGCACGGACACGAGCAGAAUCGGUCUCCUGGUCAUCGCCAAUUCGGGCCUGAUGGGCCUGGUGACGUUCGUGGUGCUGUUGAUAUCCUACGCUGUGAUCUUAUAUACCAUCAGGUCCUACCCCGCGGAUGAGCGCCGCAAAGCUCUCUCCACCUGCAGUUCCCACAUCACUGUGGUGGUCCUUUUUUUCGCUCCUUUACUCUUUAUUUAUAUCCGACCAGCAACUACUUUACCGGAAGACAAAGUGUUCGCUCUGUUUUACACCAUCAUUGCCCCCAUGCUCAACCCUCUGAUCUACACACUAAGAAACACGGAGAUGAAGAAUGCCAUGAAGAAGCUAUGGUGCCGUAUCACAGGAAGGAAGGAAGUAAACUGAAAAACAUCCCUGAUUUUCACAAGGAGCUUGUUAAAUACAUGAUUUCUCUACUCUGAAACCUUUACAAUGCAUAGUGCUUGCCUAUUUUUCUUGUACCUAGCAACUCAAGUACGAGCAAAAGUUUACAUUUCCCUGGAUUUAUGCAGACUCUCUGCUAUGCUCUGGUUUUCUUAUUUAUCUCUCCUCUGCCCCACGACCCUUGGGCUGUGUAACUAAUUUAGCUACUUAGCAGCCGCCUAUGGAAGGCAGCGUGCAACACAGAUCAACACUGAGAGCCGUGUCGCUAAUU